GUCCCGACCCUGUCAGUAAAAUGGCUAUAUCGACGCGUCUGGACCAUAUGUUGGGGUAUCUUCGAGCACGUUGCGGCGCAAUGCGACUGUUGAGCCCACAUAUUCUGCACUACAGUACGCCUUCGGGUGCACCCCUGGUGCAAAAACGCCUUAGCGUCGCCCUUCUCGGUUGACUGCGUUGCUUAACGUUGUCACCGUGGACGUCAAGCAUUGAGGUCAAAGCAGCCAAAGGAUCGUUAUAUAUAUGCUAAGGUUGCAUCCGCCUAUUUCGACCUCUCUGUCUUUGCAGUCGCAACACGCUUGCUUGAGAACGGGCAUAGCGCAAGUUUGAUCACUAAUUCGUCCGAGUCUCCACUGCCUGGUUUGACGGUCCGAUGUCUGCUUCCUCUGAUGCUAUUCUACCAAUAGGCGUCCCAGACAAGUACACUAGCGAAGGCGUUGUCCAGUCAUUCCCGGGUAACACGAUACUUUGCCACAUCCCCACCGACUCCCCCAUCAUACCUAGACUUCAGGCGGUCUACGAUGCGUAUACCAGCCAUCCGGAGCUCUCUCGGUACGUUCACUGCGUUCCUCCGGCAUCGUGGCAUAUGACUGUCUUCGACGGGGUCCGGGACAUCGAACACGAGCCCAACGCAUGGCCUUCCAGUCUGGAGAAGAUGUCUCUUGCGGAAGUGACUGCCAAUUUUGCCCAGAAGUUACGCACUCUCGGCCAGCAGCUCGUAUCAGAGGGUUUGCAGCCACCAUUUCGAAUGCGUACGUGCGGACUCGAGCGUAGACACGGCGGCAUGGGUAUCGCGGUACAAGGAGCCACGCCAGAGGAGGACCGGCGGCUUAGGAGUCUGCGGGAUAGGCUGGCUGAUACGCUGGGCUUCAAAGCUUCGAAUCAUGAUGUUUAUGGCUUCCAUGUUACGGUUGCUUACCUGCUUCUUCCUCUGGCGGGCGAAGAUAAGCAAAGUUUUCAGACCAUGCAGGCCACACUUCCUUCGACAGAUGGAUUGACGUUCGAGCUUGGCCGGCUAGAGUUCUGCACGUUCGGGGACAUGGAGGCGUAUCCCAGACUGUUCUAUCUCGGCGAAGCAUAGAAUGGCUUAGGGGACGGGCUUAGGAUCCGUAAAGUUGACGUCAGUAGCGAGGAGGCUACGGAAAGCAUAGAGCAAUUGGUUGCUGUAAACCGCACAUGCGUCUAUGGUAAUCUUAUGCAUUGUAGACCAGAUGGACAAAGCUGUAGUGACCGCUGCAUAGUCCCAGCUUUCAUUCCGACAUAGUAAGUCUUUUAACAUUCAAGGGCCCCUCAUCCGGCUGUUGAGGUAGAACAUCCUGUGCUCAGUCUGGUUCUUUUGUCGCUGGACAGGAAUGUAAAUAGUUGUCGUACUUCUAUGGAGUGAUGAGCAGGAGGAGCGAUGGAGCAGAGUAGGCCU